AUGGCCCUGAAAUGCAAACUAGGCUUCCCAGGACCAGGACUCUGGGGUCCACCCUGGGCCAUCGCCGGGCACCGUCGGCCAAGUCUCAUCAGAGACACCACCGCACACCUCCCAGAUCCUUCCAGCAGGACUCGCGGUCGGGUGGGGACGUGGUCCCAGUCCCUGCAUCUUGCAGGACUGAGCCUCAAAGCCUGUCGCCCUCCCCCCUCUCACAGCGUGGCUGUUCUUCUCUUGUGCCAAGUGUGGCUGUCCCCAGUGGUGCAGUCACAAAGCCUUGAGGACAGUGAAAACAGAGGACAGCUGGGCGCUCGGCUGUUCCUCUCUAGGUUUCACCACUGUUUAAGUAAAAUCAAGAAAAUGCGUGUUUUACCCAGAGCUAAGAGACUGUCUCUGUCUGAGGCCCCCAGCAUUGUUAAGACGAGCACUUCUGAUUAA